UCCCUUCCUCCCUCCCUCGCUGCUACCACCACCACCACGUCGUGCCAAGAGGCUCGGCUCAUAUAAGGCGAGCUGCGCGGCGCACAGGCAAGCGGAGAGCGAGCUGCUGUGGAGAGAGAGAGAGGGGAGAGAGAGAGGCGCAGACGAGUUAACUUACUCGCUCAAACUCCACUCCCUCGUAGAGUGCAGAGAGGUAAAGGAUUGAGAACGGACAGGAACGGGAACAGUUGCACUUGCGGAUAGGGAUAAUUGCACACAACGUUCGUGCCAUUCGAUGGCUUUUUAAUGCAACGUGACUUUACGCAGUUGUAACUUACACCAGCUGAUAGAAUAGUCUGUGCGUAUUUUGAUUUGGCGAAGGUUGGUCCGCGCCAGUUGUGAGUUGUGCGCGUGUGAUAUUGUCUGUGAGCAGAUGUGGCGUUUGAAGAGGUGUAUUUAUGAGUGAAGGGGUGUAUCUAGCCUGCUCUCUGCAGUAACACACGGGGUGACCGCUUUCAGAGUUAACUUUUGAGAACUUUUUUUUGUUUCCACCAGCGGGUCGCGUAACCUUAAAGCACGGAAGACAGCACACGCGGCAAGAUAGAUUGAUCAAGCAAAGCCAAUCGGCAGGCAAAGACAAGAGAUUUUGUUUUAAUAUUUAACUUAUUCCUUUAAUUUAUUUUGACACGGCACAAAUUCGUGCUUCAGCAGUCUCAGCGCCUUUGCUCGUUUUUGUUUUUGCAACUUCACACGCGCAGCGACAACGAAGCGUCGUUCCUGACGCUGAAGAUCCACGCAUCAACGUUUGCCUUUGAAUCGUAAAGAUGCUCGCGCCCGGCGUCUGCGUGUUGCUUCUGGUCUCUGCCACGAGCGCUGCUGCCUUUCGUAGCGACGUGACGCUGCCCCGACGCGCAAGCCCAGACGGGCAGCACUUGGGUCCCGGACAGCGCCACUUCGAGCCGGUCACGGGCUCGAUGCCGACCACGUCCCUGCCCGCCCCUCCGCUCCUCUACUCGCUCUCUGCCUUCGGCCGCCGCUUCCAAAUCUCGCUGCUGCGGCCCGAAGCCUCGUUCUUGGGGCCCGCGCUCAGCGUCCAUCACCGCGGCGGCGGUGCUCGCUGCUUCUACUCGGGCAUCGUGCGGGAUGUAAGCGGCCGCGGCGAGGAGGAGGAGGAGGAGAAGAUGGAUCGUCGUGGUCUCGGUGUGGAUCUGGAUCGAGAUGGGAGUGGAGAGGCCGUUCUCAGCGUGUGCGGGGGACUGAGCGGCUCUUUCCAACACGGCGGGCGCGUGUACUCGAUCAGGCCCUUGGCAGGGAACCGCCGCGGGAACGGCGACAACGAGGAGGGGCAGGAGGAUGAGGGUACGGGAUUGGGGCCACACUUGAUCACGCGCAGCGAGGUGGCGGGUGGUAGUGAUCAGGAACACAACCGCCAGCACAGCCACCACGACGACGCUGCUGCUGAUGAUGAUGAUGAUAAUGCUGCUGAUGAUGAUGAUAAUGCUGAUGAUGAUGAUGAUAAUGCUGCUGAUGAUGAUGAUAAUGCUGCUGCUGAAGCCGUUGCUGAUGUUGACGACCCAUCUGAAGCUGAAGCUGAUGAUGGUGAUAACAAAAAUAAUAACAAUGCUGACGAUGAUGUCGCCGCCAAGGAAGACGACCACCUGAUCGGCGAUGGAGACAACACCAUUGCCGGAGAACUCAGUAAGGGUAACCAUGACGACGUUGAUGAAGACGACAAUGAUGACGACGACUACGACGAUGAAUCAGAAGACGGUGACAUUGCGGGAGAGCGCUCCCCUUCGUCAUUCUCCGCUGCUCCGCAGCUGGCUCCGGUGCGUACCCGUCGCUUCGUGUCGACGCUGCGCUACCUAUCGGUGCUGCUCGUGGCGGACGAGGGCAUGGCGCUGGCUCACGGCGCCAGCCACGUGGAGCAGUACCUCCUCGACGUGGCGGCCCGCGCCGCGCGCCUCUUCUCGCACGCCAGCCUCGACAACGCCGUGCGACUCAGCGUGGCCGGUGUCGUGGUGCUGCAGCAGCAGCAGCAGCGCCGUCACGGCUCCAGGGGAGGACCUCCGGUCGCCUCGAGCAGCGGAGGACUCACCCUGCGCAACUUCUGCGAGUGGCAGAAAUCGCUGCGGAGGGCGGGAGGCGCUGGGGCGGAGCAUUUCGACACAGCUGUACUCUUCACCAGAGUGAACAUCUGUGGCGCGUCUGACUGCAGCACGCUGGGGGUGGCCGACGUCGGCACCGUGUGCGACCCGGCCAGGAGCUGCGCGGUCAUCGAGGACGACGGCGUGCAGACGGCCUUCACCCUGGCACACGAACUCGGCCACCUGCUCGGCCUCCCGCACGACGACAGCAAGCAGUGUGGCGGCAACGGCGGCGCCCCGCCGGGCUCCGCGGCGACGGCGCACAUCAUGGGCGAGACGCUCAUGCGGGUCGAGCCCUCGCGGCCCUGGUCGACGUGCAGCGCACGCCACCUCACCGACUUCCUGGACAACGGGCACGGCGACUGCCUCAAGGACAACCUGAAGCACAGCAAGUCGCUGUCAGCGCUGCCGCAGGGCGCCCUGCUCUCGCACGACGCUCAGUGCCGGGCCGUGUUCGGCUCGGACUUCCGCCACUGCGCGCUGCCCGGCGAGGUCCCGUGCCUGGCCCUGUGGUGCCGCAAUGUAUCGGCGGCCCUCGCCUCCGCCGGCGCGGGUGCCAGCGAGUUCCUGGGCUGCCAGACGCGGCACUCUAACUGGGCCGAGGGCACGGCCUGCGGGCUGGACAGCGAGUGCUCCGAUGGGCAGUGCGUCACCUCGCUCAGCCUAGUGCAGGUGCCGGUGGACGGCCAGUGGGGCGAGUGGGGCGCAUGGAGCGAGUGUUCGCGCUCCUGCGGGGGCGGGGUGCAGCUCUCCUCCAGGGGGUGCGACGCGCCCGAGCCCCGGCACGGCGGCGCCUACUGCGUGGGGCAGCGCGUGCAGUACCGCUCCUGCAACACCCUCGCGUGCGGGGACGCGCACUCCGCAGACGGGAAGAGCUUUCGCGACGAGCAGUGCGAGGCCUUCAACGCGCCGGCGCAGAACGGCAGCGGCGCCGGCGGCGGAGGAGGCCUCUUCCCCGGCGGCUUCCAUCCCACCGGGGGCAGCAGCGGGGGCAGCACUCACUGGCGCUCCAAGUACGCCGGCGUGGCGAAGCGCGACCGCUGCAAGCUCGUGUGCCAGCUCGGAGGCAGCGACGUGUUCGCGAUGCUGCGGCACAAGGUGGUGGACGGCACCCCGUGCUGGCCGGACAACUCUGGGGUGUGCGUCCAGGGCAAGUGCGUGCGCGCCGGCUGCGACCACGUCAUCGGCUCCAGGAGCAAGGCGGACAAGUGCGGCGUGUGCGGUGGGAACGGCUCCACGUGCCGCAAGGUGUCGGGCUCCUUCAACCACGCAAGAAUCUACGGCUACAACACUGUGGUCACCAUUCCGGCCGGCGCCACCAGCGUGGAGGUGAAGCAGCGUGGGCGGCGUGGCGGCGCGCCCAGCAGCACCUACCUGGCGGUGCGGGGGGCCGCGGGGGGCCCCUACCUGAUGAACGAGCGGGACAUCCCGCUGCCCGGCGGGGCGCUGCUCCUCUACAGCGGCUCGUCGGGCUCGCUGGAGAGGCUGCAGAGCUACGGGACGCUGCGCGAGCCCGUCACCGUCCAGGCGCUGUCGCUCGACCCCAGCGUGCCGAUCGGCAUCAAGUACUCGUUCUUCGUGCCCAAGGGGGCGGCCGCGGCGGCCGCGGCUGCGGCGGCCUCCUCCUCCGGCGGGCGCAAGGUCAAGGAGGCCAAGGGCCCCGCGGGGCAGAAGGCCCCGAAGCGCGUCGGGAAGAACACAUGAGUGCCGCGGGGUUCUCGCGGUCGCGUCCG